GAAUUUAACAAAAGACAGAGAAAUCAAAUCCUUCAGACCCAUUUUUAGUUAUGUGCAGUUAUUAAAUUGCUGGGAGGUUGCCAAAAAUUAAAAAAAUCCAAAAUUUUGAAUAGAAAGAGCAACAAAGCGAAGGAAAGUGUGGGAAAGUGAGGGUUUUUAUUUCUUAAUUUUUAUUUCAUAUUUUGAAACUCUGGUUGGUUUUUGAGCUGCUGUCACAAAGCAUUGUUCUUGCAAUCAAACAGGUGGGGGGACCUAAAAGAUUCAAAAUUUGGAGCUUUCUGGGUACAGAAGCAUUGUUCUUGCAAUCAAACAGGUUGCAGAAGUAGUUCUUUAGUUUUGGCUUUUCACAUUGACUGAAGAAAUAAGUCAUAAAACAGAGAAAAUACGGUGCCCGAUGAUUGGAGUUGGUUGUUGCUGAAUCCUACACGCAUACAAGUUUUUCUCCCUGAAAAAAUCGGAUAGGAGUUGAUUCAUUGCCUGAGGUUUUGACAGUAUUUUGGUGUUGAGGUGAGGAAGAAAUUCAAACAAUGGUAUGACUGAACAAUUAAGAACGCAGCAGAGUUCCAAUACAAUUCCAUGGAACCUGGGAGGGAUGACUACCGACCUGUAUCCCAGUCAUACAUGCCGGACUCUCUGGGCAGCAUGCAUACUAAUAUGAGAUCUAAUGACAUUAAACCAGAAGUUAAACCUGCACAUAAUUACUCCAUACAGACCGGAGAGGAGUUUGCUCUUCAAUUUAUGCUUGACCGGGUGAACCCCAGAAUUCCUGUACAUCCAAAUGCUGGUGGCGAUCCAAAUUAUGCAACAAACUAUGUUGAACUGAAAGGAAUUUUAGGAAUCAGUCAUACAGGCUCUGAGAGUGGUUCAGAUGCUUCAAUGCUUCCUAAUGCUGAAAGGGGUCCAAAACAGUUUGAACAAAAGAGCUCAGCUUUACAUGAUGAUAGAAAUAACCAUGCAUCUGUUCAAUCAGUACCACGAGCUUUAUCAGGCUAUGAAAAUAGUCAUAUGCGUGGAUAUGCCUCUUAUGCAGCCUCUGAUAGCUCAUCAACGAAAAUGAAGGUUCUCUGUAGCUUUGGUGGUAAAAUCUUACCCCGACCGAGCGAUGGGAAGCUCAGGUAUGUUGGAGGCGAAACACGCAUUAUCCGUGUUAGAAAGGACAUUUCCUGGCAGGAGCUUAUACAUAAAGCUUUAUCAAUUUAUAACCAAGUGCAUGUAAUUAAAUAUCAGCUUCCUGGAGAGGAACUUGAUGCCUUAGUUUCUGUAUCUUGUGACGAGGAUCUGCAGAAUAUGAUGGAAGAAUGGAAUGAAGUAGAAGAUAAAGAAGGACCACAAAAGCUUAGGAUGUUUUUGUUCUCCAUGAGUGAUUUGGAGGAAGCUCAGUUUGGUCUGCACAGUGCGGAUGGUGAUUCUGAGGUUCAGUAUGUAGUUGCUGUCAAUGGAAUGGACCUGGGGUCAAGAAAAAAUUCGACUCUACAUGGUUUGACGACCACUUUAGCAAAUAAUUUAGAUGAGCUCAAUGGACAACAUAUUGAGAAGGAGACAAGUAGGGUUGCAAAAAACUCAGUAGGGUUAGGCACUUUGAAUUCAACUGCCAAUAUUGUUUCAUUGAGAACUGUUCAAUCUUCCGAGCCAAUCCUGCCUAACCCUUCAAAUGCCUUUGAAGCUUAUCCUCCUUUUCAGCAUACGGACGUGAUGCAUUAUGGACAAAAUAUGCAGUACCCAUUGCACAAUGGCCAUGCCCUUCCAAGUCACUCCCCAUUUGGAGGAACUGUAUCGGUGUCUAAUCAUGGGAUUUUAAAUCUACAAGGAGGUUCAAUUGAAGGCCAGCCAUCCAGUGGCUCAAGAGAACAGAACUUCGAGAUGCCAGUAAAGCAGGUGAAACCCAAAUACGAUGAUUUACUGCAGCAAGAGAGUGACCCUGAAAAACUCCGUCCCUCAGGAGUAGAGGACUCUGUUCCUUUACAGCCAUAUGAUGGAAGUUUGAUGAACUAUCAUGCUGUCAAAGAAGCAUCAAAAGAUGAAAGAAAGUACCAGGAACCUGAAAAGGUUGCUUCGUCAAUUGAUCCAGGGAACCCAAUUCUGGUGCAUAAAUCUAGUGAAGUUGAGGAUAGUUUCACAACUAGCAAUGCAUUUGCUCCUGCUUAUGCUGACCAUUUGUCCAAUGGAAUUGAUUCGGGUUGCCACGAGCUACCUGUGCUUCCUAAGAGAGUCUACCACUCAGAAAGAAUUCCCAGGGAGCAGGCAGAGUUGCUGAAUCGAUCAACAAAGUCUGACGAUUCUCAUGGUCCUCCGUUUCCCGUUACUCUUUCACGUUCUGAUAUCACCAGGCAGGAUCCAGUCAUGGAAGGAGUUAACAAAUUACAGGAACAUGGCAACCUUACUCCUCCGACUGAACAAUCUACCCCAACAACAUAUAUCGAUGCUCAAACUGUUGAUGAUGGACUCGUCCAACUUCAAAAGUACAAGGAAGUUGCUGAUUCAGUUUCUCAGAUGAAUGCAAAGCUUUUGCAAGAUGUAGAUGGUGAAGUAAAGCGGGCAUUGCCAAACCAUAUGGUUGAUAAAGUUGCAGAAGCUGGAUCUGAGUUUCCAGAUGUAAGUCGGCUACCUUCUGGAAAGCAACAUGAGGUAUCUGCAUCUAAUCAUUCUGAGGUUAAUCAGAAAGAGGACACCAGCAAGGAUCCAAGGGCUGUAGACACUAUGGGACAUGCAGAGCUCACUUCUUUGACAGGGAAGUUAUCUAAAGAUGCUUCUCAAGAAACAGCUUCAGUUGGUGUUUCUACCCCAGUGCAGGGAGACAUCAUUAUUGAUAUUGAAGAACGAUUUCCCAGAGAUUUCCUGUCAGAUAUAUUCUCCAAGGCAAUACUUUCUGAAGACUCCCCUGAUAUUGGUUUGUUGCAAAAGGAUGGAACUGGUUUGAGCUUAAAUAUGGAAAAUCAUGAACCAAGACGCUGGUCAUAUUUCCAGAAGUUAGCACAAGAAGGGUUUGAUAAAAAAGAUGUUUCUCUUAUGGACCAGGAUCUUGGUUUUCCGCCUGUGAUUGGAAAUGAAGAAGGUAGAUCUUAUCAUGCGACACCGUUAACAGGAGAAGGAGCUGGUCCUCAGCCUAAAUUUGUGGAAGACAUGCGCACAGAGUUGCCUGGAAUGGCUAAAGCUAAUGCAACAGCUCUGCACUCUAAUUAUGGUGAUUCCCAAGUGAAGGACACUGAAAGUAUGCAAUUUGAGGGAAUGAUGGAAAACGUAAGAGCGCAGGAGUUGGAGUAUGAGGAUGGGAAGUCUGCAAGCAGAAAAGCUGGUUUACCUCCUUUAGAUCCUUCUUUGGGAGAUUUUGAUAUCCGUACCUUGCAGUUAAUAAAGAACGAAGACCUUGAACAGCUGAAGGAACUGGGUUCUGGUACCUUUGGGACUGUAUACCAUGGAAAAUGGAGGGGCAGUGAUGUUGCCAUUAAGAGGCUAAAUAAGAGCUGCUUCACUGGGAGAUCGUCAGAGCAAGAGAGAUUGGUGAUCAUUACUUCCCACCUGAAUUUUAUUAUAGAGUUCUGGCGGGAAGCUGACAUUCUUUCAAAGCUUCACCAUCCAAAUGUUGUGGCAUUUUAUGGUGUGGUGCAAGAUGGACCAGGGGGAACACUUGCUACUGUUACGGAGUACAUGGUUGAUGGUUCUCUUAGGCAUGUCUUACUUCGAAAAGACAGGUAUCUCGAUCGCCGCAAGCGACUAAUAAUUGCCAUGGAUGCAGCAUUUGGAAUGGAAUAUUUACACUCAAAGAAUAUUGUGCAUUUUGACUUGAAGUGUGACAACUUACUCGUGAACCUAAAAGAUCCUGCACGGCCAAUUUGCAAGGUCGGUGAUUUUGGGCUUUCAAAAAUUAAACGAAAUACCCUGGUUUCUGGUGGUGUACGGGGAACAUUACCAUGGAUGGCCCCAGAGUUGCUGAAUGGCAGCAGCACCAAGGUCUCCGAAAAGGUUGAUAUUUUCUCAUUUGGCAUCGUCUUGUGGGAGAUUCUUACUGGCGAGGAGCCAUAUGCCAACAUGCACUAUGGAGCAAUCAUAGGAGGUAUUGUAAAUAACACGUUGAGACCCACCAUUCCAAGCCAUUGUGAUCCCGAAUGGAAAACGCUUAUGGAGCAGUGUUGGGCCCCUAAUCCUGCAGCCAGGCCAUCUUUCACAGAAAUCACCAGAUGCUUACGAGUAAUGACUACAGCGGCUAGCCAACCUAAAGCACAGGGUCACAAAGCUCCUAAAUGAUAAUUUGAACACUUGAAUUGUGUCGUUUUUGCACGAUUUAGACGCGAUAUUUCAUUCGUUCAAUCGUUAACACAUAAGAUGGUGUGUAUGAUAUCCUGAUCGGAGCAUAGAUCCGUGGUUUCCACUAUUUCCGGAAUGGAACUGGCUCCGAGCAGUUUCUUUUGUUUUACUGUAUUCCCACGAAAUUCACGAAAUUGUAGCGGAUUGUUUAAGCUUUUCGAAAGAGAAUGCACGAUUUGGUUUUUUC